AUGGGUCAAAUCUGGACUACGCCUACCGAUGCAGUCGGUGGAGUAGACUUGAGCUUGCAAGCUGCCCUUCAGCGAGUGGUUGUUACACAGAUCGGACUGCAACUGUCAAAGAUUGUGUACGAUGCCCCUCUCCGCAAGCGUGGAUUUGAAAGGGAAUACAUACGCGAUGAAACUGCUAAAAAACUCAUCCAGUGCAUAGACGUCUACCUGAGGCUGGAAUUAAUGAGGAGCCGGACCCUCUGCUGUUGA